AUGAAUGGAACACUUCUAUUCUCAAAUUUCGAGUUUCAAACAAGAGACCAAGACAAGAAUGCUAUAAUUCGUAUGUUGAUGUCUAAAAAUUAUCAACAGCAAAGCCUUCAUAUCAUCUCUGUGGUUGGAAUGGGCGGGAUAGGGAAAACUACCCUUGCCCAACUAGCCUAUAAUGACCAGGAGGUGAAAGCAUUCUUUAAGAAACGAAUAUGGGUGUCUGUCUCUGAUCCCUUAGAUGAGAUUAGAGUUGCCAAAGCGAUUCUUGAAGCUUUAACUGGAGUGGCUCCCACUAGGAAGAAGUUUCUUCUCGUUUGGAUGAGUGUGGACGGAAGAUUGCACAAAGUGGGAAUCACUGAAACACUCUCUCAAGUGCGGAGCAACGGGAAGCAAGGCCUUGAUCACCACACGGAAGGAAAAUGUUGCGAACAUCAUGGGGAGCACAUCCAUGUUCCCGUUAGGGCAACUGUACGAGGAGGAAUGCUGGUCGUUGUUUGGUCUGGUGAAGAUCCAGUAAUGAUUGCAAAGAGCGUGUUGGACAGUGAGCUAUCGGAACUUGAAGAAGUUGAGAAAGGCAUUUUCCCUCCCCUGUUAUUGAGCUACUACGAUUUGUCUUCAACCUUGAGGCAAUGCUUUUCGUAUUGUGCCUUGUUUCUAAAAGAUACCGUGAUAGAUAAGUUGAUCAAGUUGUGGAUGGCCCAAGGUUUCUUAAAGGGAAUGGUACACAAAGAGAUGGAGAUCAUUGGUCAAGAAUGCUUUGACGACUUGGCCAUGCGCUCCUUCUUUCAAGACUUUCAAAAAGAUGAAAACAACAAUAACAUCAUGAAGUGCAAAAUGCAUGAUAUAGUGCAUGACUUUGCACAGUUUCUGACCAAAACUGAUUUUUUUAUGUUGGGAAUGGAAGCUGUAAAACAGUCCACCAAGACAGAGUCUUAUAAUGGAAACUACUUUCGUCAUUUGGUUAUCGAGCUCGAAAAGGAGAGUCCAUUUCCUUCUCGCAUUUACAAUGUUCGAAAGCUUUGCAGCCUGCUGAUCAAGUCAUAUAACAAAAACAGUUCGAUCGGUAGGGCUUUGCCUAAGUUAUUUGAUCAAUUGAUAUGCAUAAGGACUUUGGAUUUGAGUUGGUGUUUGACUAAAGAAAUACCAAAAGAGAUAGGCAAUUUGACAAAUUUGAGGUACUUGAAGCUCGGCAAUAACUAUGCUCUACUAGAACUGCCAGAAACCUUGUGCAAUUUGUAUAAUCUACAAAUCUUUGACUUCACACGAUGUCGAAGUCUUCUAAAACUCCCUUCUGGGAUCAGAAAGCUACUGAAUUUGAGGCACCUCGAUAAUUGGGAGACAUUUGGGUUGAGAUCCAUGCCUAAAGGAAUGCAAAGACUAACAUGCCAUCGGACAUUAGAGGAGGUAGUUGUGAGCAAUGGUUCCGAUGGAAAUAAAGCAUUUACCCUCGGCGAUUUGUCUAACUUGAGUUACUUUCGAGGGGAUUUAAAGAUUCGAGGAUUAGGAAAUGCAGCAGAUGUGACUGGGGAAAAAAAAAGCAAAACUUCGUACCAAGAAGGGCCUUGGUGGUUUGACACUAAACUUUGA